CGCUGCGGAGUCGAAUCCGAGCGGGAAAUCGGAGGAGGGCAAGGUUUGGUGGUGGUUGCCGGGGGCUGCGAGAGGAAGCGGACUAGGUGUCGCCCUGGGCAACCGGGGGAUGGAGGAGCUCAUUGCCCUCGUGAACGCACUGCAGGACGCCCUGGGCGCCCUCGGCCAGAGCUACCCCCUCGAUUUGCCGCAGAUCGCCGUGGUGGGCGCCCAGAGCGCGGGCAAGAGCUCCGUUCUCGAGAACUUGGUCGGCCGAGAUUUCCUGCCUCGUGGUUCUGGAAUUGUCACUAGACGACCUCUCAUUCUUCAGCUUAUCUUCUCAGAAACAGAAUAUGCAGAAUUUUUGCAUUGCAAGUCCAAGAGGUUUACAGAUUAUGAUGAAGUUCGACAGGAGAUUGAAGCAGAGACAGAGAGGCUCACGGGAACAAAUAAAGGCAUCUCGUCUGUUCCCAUUAACCUUCGGGUGUACUCACCACAUGUGCUGAAUCUGACUCUGAUUGACCUUCCGGGUAUCACUAAGGUGCCAGUGGGUGACCAACCCCAUGACAUUGAGUACCAGAUCAAAGAGACUAUUUUGCAAUUCAUCAGUAAAGAGAGUAGCUUGAUUCUUGUUGUGACACCAGCCAAUACGGAUCUGGCUAACUCCGAUGCUCUCAAACUGGCCAAAGAAGUUGACCCACAAGGCCUACGGACAAUUGGGGUAGUUACCAAGCUGGAUUUGAUGGAUAAAGGCACUGAUGCCAGAGAGAUCUUGGCAAACCAACUAUUACCUCUGCGGCGAGGCUACAUUGGAGUUGUGAACCGGAGCCAGAAGGAUAUUGAUGGUAAGAAAGACAUCCAAGCCGCGCUGGCAGCUGAGCGCAAGUUCUUCCUUUCCCAUCCUGCUUACAGACACAUGGCGGACCGCAUGGGAACGCCCCACUUGCAGAAGGUCCUCAACCAGCAAUUGACAAACCAUAUCCGAGAGACUCUGCCAUCACUACGUAGCAAACUCCAGAGCCAGCUGCUGUCCCUAGAGAAAGAGGUGGAGGAAUACAAGAACUUCUGCCCUGAUGAGCCUAUGGGGAAAACCAAAGCUUUGCUGCAGAUGGUCCGACAGUUUGCAAAAGACUUUAGUAAGCAGAUUGAAGGUUCUGGAGACCAGGUAGACACACUAGAAUUAUCCGGUGGAGCCCGAAUCAACCGCAUUUUCCAGGAGAGGUUCCCCUUGGAGUUAGUCAAGAUGGAAUUUGAGAAGAAUCUGAGACGAGAAAUUGGCUACGCGAUCAAAAACAGCCACGGUGUAAGGAUGGGGCUCUUCACGCCUGACAUGGCCUUUGAAACCAUAGUGAAAAAACAGAUUGUAAAGUUCAAAGAGCCCAGUUUGAAGUGUGUUGCUCUAGUGGCCUCAGAGCUGUCCAGGGUCAUCAGAAAGUGUGCAGAGAAGCUGGGUUCCUACCCCAGGCUGCGAGAAGAGAUAGAGAGGAUUGUUACUACACACAUCCGAGAAUGUGAAGGAAGGACUAAGGACCAGGUUCUCCUGCUGAUUGACUCAGAGCUGUCCUACAUCAACACUAACCACGAAGACUUCAUUGGAUUUGCCAAAUGAGUGUCUAUUCUCAAGUAAAGCUGAGGAGGGCUGAGAGCAUUUCUGAUUUUAUUCAUCUGUGCAGCUUGUUCGAUGCAUUCACCUCUUAGUGUGGCCUUAAAAGCUUCCCAUACAGUGUUUAGUUGUGCCACUUUUUAGAUUAAAGUCAAAAUAUACAUUUAUCUUUUUUUUCUAGCUUUGCUGUGACAAACGUGUUUAAUAAAGAGGUGUUCAAUCUCUAAUAAAAUGUCUUUUUGUUAUUCACCCGUGGUUGAAAUAGACACAAUGCCCAAUUAUGGUCUGAGCAAGUCUUUUUACCUGUUAGGGCAUCCCACAAGUAAUGCUGGAGAUCAUUAUAUAUGUCUAGCAGAAAAAUAAAUGUACUAUCUCUGUGUUGGAUGA